GUGCUUGCAGCCCGUGACGUCACAAUUUCUGUGUUUCGCACACAUGCAAGUACCUAACAAUCAGCUGUUGACAACAACAACUUCAUGUAAUGUUACUUUAUCACCGGGUGGUGUCAUUCAGUCUCAUUGCAUCAAAGAACGUCGAAGAUAUCCUACGUGCAAUGACGUCCAUCCGUUAAUUGGGUAAUGACUUUUGAACACCGAGUUAUUGUUUUGGUUCUCACUUGAGUAAAACCUGUAAAAAUGGAAAGUGGUGAAUGUGCAGAGAUUAUUAAGCGUCAUCCUGAAUUGAUACUAGUGUCAAACCAGCCUGUCACAUGGGAAGGCAUGUUGGGUUUGCCUGUCAAUUUGAUGGAAACAAAUAGAGUCAGAAUAAAGCUUACAAUACCAAAUUUUCCCCGCUUCAAUGACGCACAGCUUCGCUUUGGAAAGAAUGCAACGGUUGUGUUCCGUAAAAAUUUCAAUAAAAGAAUGAAGAAUUUAUUGCAAAGUGCAGUCUCAAUUUCUUCCUUCUUGAGACAAUUACAAGUAUUAAUUGGAGAAGCCUUUGGUCAAAACAGCAUAUGUCCAACAAACAUUGAUGUCUACUCUGUUAUUUCUGAAUUAGACGAUGUUAUGCGAUCAUCCUGUGAAGUACGACUUUCACAGAGCGAGGGUUUGAGUUUGGUUGAAUUAGUUUUGAGAGAUAUUUGCGUAAAAUUGAAGAGUGAUCCCAGUUGUGCAGAUAAAUGGAAGAUUGUUUCUUCCGAUGUAGGCCAACUACAAGGUUCUGAACUUGCAGUGGGAACAACGAUCACUCUGUGUGAAGCUGCAAAGAAACUUGAACACCAAGUUGAGUCAUUAGAGUUUGUCUGGGAAAAACUAAGAGACAUCGAUAGAAGUUGCUGGGUAAUCGAUCCACUCGUACCACAGCCUCAUCAUCUCUAUAGGCGGAUAAAAGUUACCCAAUAUUUGUCUCUUCUAAUCACUAUUGAUCCAACACAGCCGUCGAACCUACCAGACAUCAAGAUUCUGGGUAGUGGCCCGGAAGUCAAUAAAUACAGAGAAAUAGUUUCCGAAAAGUUUGAGCUUUGGAACCCGAUCAACAGCUUAUCAGAAAAUCUAUUACUGCUAUUGGAUUUACAAGAAUUUGCCCAACCUGACGAAGAGGAAUUGAAACACAAGAAUAGUGGUCUGUUCGAUGCGGAGGAAUGUGGUAUUUGUUAUGCAUUAAAAUUAAAUGAUGAAGAACUACCAAAUAUAGUCUGCAAUAAUUUGAAUUGCCGCAAGAAUUACCAUACUGAAUGCUUACGGCGGUGGUUACAGACAAUACCUGGUAAUCAAGUAGUAUUUAAUCAGAUCUAUGGUACUUGCGAGUAUUGUUGUCAGAAAAUAGCUUGUCCUGUGGAGUAGGAUGUGUGAGCAAUCACUACUGGAAGGCCUCAAUGAAUAUGUAUUGAGAGAUUGUCAUUUGCAUCAAAAUUUAUAAAUCAAUAUUCACAGAUAUAAAUAGUUUAUUUUUGUAAGUAAGCCAAGUGAAAUUUUUUGUACCGAAGAUAUUUUCUAAGAAAAGAAUAAAUAUUUAACUAUUAAAAAAAAAUUCGAGAUCCCUAGAGCAUUUCA